AUGAUAUCAGAUUGGGCAGUGCUCAAGGAUGCUUUGCCAGAGAAACUGGCAUCAGUGGCUCAGGUUUCUAUUUCAAACAUGCUUGCACUAAACACAAAGCCUGUCAUCAUGCAGCCCCUCUUAACCCUGAAUUCAGCAAGCGGCACCAUAUUUGCAAAUUGCAGCAAGGCAAAAUUGGAUCAAUUGCUAUGGGAGGAAGCCCUUCUCGAUGCACAAAAGGUCAUUGAACUCGAGCCUUCGUCUCAUUACUCACAUGCCAAUACAAACAAGUCAGUCAGUCCUUCUGAAGCAGAAGGUGCCAUUCGAAAGGUCAUAAAUGCUCAACUUGACCCUGCACCACUUCGCCUGCUUGACAUCACUACCGGGAUCUUAUGUGAUCGAGAAGCGCAGAUAAACGCCUUCAAAAUGACUACAGAGUACAAACAGCUUCGAUUAUCAAUUAUGAAGCAUGCAGAUCUCCCAAUGGGGCGCAUCACAGACACGGUGGCAACAUACUUCCGUUAUGUCAUCGAUGGGUCUCAUGAAGUUGCAGUCAUUUUGCAAAGUUGUCCUUCAAACAGGAUUUCAAAAAAUCUUGUUGAGCUCCAAAAAUCACUCAACUCUGUGUUUGCCUGGUAUCACAAUUCUGCGCUCAUGGUCGUCUACCUCUCAGAUAUUCCGCCUUCAUCCAAGUCUGGCGCACUGACUAAGAGCGCCUGGAACACCCAAGGAUGGACUGUUCUGGAAUUCCUCGCUCCUGAAGUCAUUCGCUUCUACCAACAGGAUUGGACUCCAUACCUCGAUAAUGUCUCUUUCAACCACAAGGAGUCUGUAGAGAUCAUGCACAAAUUGGAGGAUGCGACAGGCAUAGAUGCAUGCGCUCUUGCUGCCUUUCAACCAGGCAUGAAAGAUGCCCAAAAGAAGUUACAAUGGGUGUCUACGCGUGUCACCAGUGUGCCGGAAGACAUUGCAUACUCAUUAUUUGGUAUUUUUGCCAUCCAAUUGCUCAUCCUUUACGGCAAAAAUGUCCAAAAUGCGCUCGGGCGACUCCUGCAAGAUAUUGUGGCUCAUUCAUGGGACAUCACUGUCCUCGACUGGGUCGGACAACCAUCCGAGUUCAAUAGUUGUCUUCCAGCUGACAUCACCGCAUACGCAGCUCCGCCGUGCAUGCUACCAUAUUUAUCUGAAGAUGAGAUCCAGACAGCAGUUUCUUCACUACGACACACUAUAGCCAUGGAUAAAGCUUUGAAACUUUACAACCAGCUUAACAACAUGAGCUAUCCUGGCUUUGCGAAUUGCAGGCUGCAUCUGCCUUGCAUCAUAUUUCCUGUCACUGAAAUCAGGCGGACACCUGGUGCAGCCGAAGGGACAUUGUUCUCAUACAGAGUCAAAGCAGACAGGCUUGAUGAUCUGCUGAUCACCACCGAAGAGAGGCUUGCCCAGUUUUUGUGGCUCAGACCAACUCGACAGACAUUCUUACUUGUCUGCCCUUGGGAUUGUCACCUCCUCGAGCUGCCCGACUUCACAGACUCGGACGACACACAAAGCUUGGGAGGUUGGUCUGAGCCUGAGUCUCUUGACGGCUCGCCUGGAGAAGAGGAAUUGACUGAUUCGGAAUCUUACUCACAAGCAUUGCGAUUGAUCGCUCACCUUGGACAGCUGUUUGGUGCUUUUUUGCUGGCCCAGCAGCGCAGUGGAGGAUAUAAAAGGAUCAUAUUGGAUUGUGAUAUCAUUGCUCAAGUCAAAGAUGUGACCUCUGUACACAGCAUGACGGACAUCAGGACUCUAAAAAUCUUAUAG